GACAACAAGGAGCGAGGGGCUGCUUAAUGGCACUAUCAGGUAUUCGCCAGUCAUUAGAGACAAUAGAAAAGUUAGCAAUAAAUCACCUUCCGAGGGCUCGCCAGUCCUUGAGAUGCUCCUGAUACAGCCCGCGGCUCGUGGGGCGGGGCGGGUGUGGGCGUGGCUGCAGGCAGGGGCGGGGUCGCAAGACACGCCCACUCGGAGCGGCGCGGCGACUGGAGGACGAGCUGUCACGCCGCCAGUCCGCUCUCACGUCUCCGUGUAAUUGAUGGCCGGCGCCUCCACCUCGCAACACUUUAUCUCACCGGGUACGUGAUGGACUCAACAGUCACCACGUCAGCUUCCCUCACGCGCAUGCGCCGACGAGCGGCCAUUUACAUACGGGCACAUUUUAACGAGCCAAAGCCUGCACUUAGCACAGCACGUAAACAUCACGUAGCUUGCAAUCUCCUCUGAAGUUACCUUCGCCAUCACGCUGAGGCGGGCGACGUGUUUGUGUUACACCUGGUCGACACAGAAUCAGACACAGCUUCUGAUCUCUCUCGCUCUCAAAUUACGUCAUUUCCGCCGGAAAUUAAGCUUUGGAAACUCGGCGAAGUCGUAAUGGCGCUGUAAUUUUUAGUUUUUCUCUGGAUAAUCCUGUAACUGCAGCAGUAGUCUUAGUGUCCGAGCCUUUCCUUUGCAGACACGCAGGUCGCCCAGUCGCUGUGGCAGGGUGUGAAGCAGGGAGGAAUGAGAAAGCAGCGCCACCAACAAUAGAAACCCUGCUGGUCCCUGCUGCACAGUUCCAGUCUCAGACCUUGGUACUCAGAUGUCAGGUUCUAUGAGAACACUAGCGGAAUGUCCUGCUCUUUGCUUGAAGAAUGAGCGAGGUAGACUACAAACGACGUGUGUCCGGCCAUCGGGACCACCCCAUCCCGUCCCCUCGUAGCCAACAGACUCCCUCAGUUUCGCAGACCAGAACGAAAAUCUCGUUUAGUGUAGAGUCUCUCAUCGCCAAAGACGAGACUAAAACUCGAAAGGAAGAUGAAGUCGCCGGAGACCGCAAGGACCCGUCUGUCCGGUUCUCUCGCAAGAGAAUUUCGCAAAGGUCUUCACACUGCGAAGACGAGGAGGAAGCGAGCAGUCUCCUUGGGCAGUCAAGUGGCAAGUGUGACGGUCGCCAGAGGUCGCCAGGCUCCCCUGUUCCGGUGCUGCCAGACGACAACAGCGGCCGAGACGCUUGCGAUGCUUCCAGGUCUUCACUGCUGACCACCACCCACAACAGCACCAAGGGUGGAGGGACGCUGGGACCUCCCAGCCUCCUGUUUCAGACCCCGAGGCUCUCUGGCACUAUUCUUCAAAGACCCAUCCAGCCCUCGAGGGCCGGACACUUAGGGUUGGGACAGAAGGCCAUUUACGGCAACGUGGUGGAGGAGAAGGAAGGGUCGAUGGACAAGUCUGGCCCCCAGGGAAUGGCGGCGAGGUGCGGGGAUUCCCCUCUACAUGGCGUCUGUCCCAACUCAUUCACUUCUUCCAUCCCCUGCUGGCCGUCCCUGGCCAGACCCACCGUCCAUGCUGAUCUGCGCCCCGCCCCCAGCCUGCCGCCCAGCAAGAUGACGCUGCGGAAACACAAGCCCAACCGGAAGCCGCGAACGCCCUUCACGACGUCGCAGUUGCUGUCGCUGGAGCGGAAGUUCCGCGAGAAGCAGUACCUGUCCAUCGCCGAGCGCGCCGAGUUCUCCAGCUCCCUGAACCUGACGGAGACGCAGGUCAAGAUCUGGUUCCAGAACCGCCGCGCCAAGGCCAAGCGGCUGCAGGAGGCGGAGCUGGAGAAGCUGAGGAUGGCUGCCAAGCCCAUGAUGCCCCCGACCUUCACCAUCUCGCUAUCCACCAACGCCAUGGCCGCCAGCCCCGCGCUGUAUCCGCACCACUACGCGCAUGCGCAUCUCCUGCGUCACAGCUUCGACGUCACUUCCGCUUCCACUUACCUCGCUGCCGCCGCUGCCCAGAGUAACUUUCCUCUCGCCCUGUGUCCCCCGGCGCUGACCUUGUUUCACUGACUUGCUGUCGCUGUUUUGACUUUCUUGCAGGUAGGAUGGAGCGGCGUAGUAAGGAAAAAGACAGACAGAAAAAGGAACAAAUGAACAAAGAAAAGAAAUAAAAGAAAGAAUGAAAAUUCUUUUUGAGGAAGGUUUAGAGGAAGAAUGCUGCAAAGCAUAAAAGUGUGUUAUUCUCAUACGGUAUCAUUGGUGAUUUGUGUGUUUGUGUGUGUGUUUAUGUGUGUUUGUGUGUGCGUAUCUGUGUGUAUGUGUUUGUGUGUGCGUAUCUGUGUGUAUGUGUGUGCGUGGUCCUGCUAGUGUUUGCGUGUGUUCACUAGUCUUCACACUACAGUGUGUGUAGCAGUAGGACGGUGUAUGUACUGGCGUUUCGCAGCUUCAUCGACUUGUAUCUUUAAUUAAACAAAUAAAAAAUUGUUUUUACUGAACAUC